AUGAUUGUAAAUACAACCACCACCACCACAUCAUCACCCACAACAUCACCCACAACAACACCCACAACAACAUCACCCACAACAGCAGUUGUGCAAAAUGAGACUGUUCCAAGUUCACAGUACUUGCAAACUUCGCCAUAUGUGGCUAAAUACAAACUAGAUCUUAUACAAUGCUCUCUCAUCAACUUGCUUUCAACACUUGACAACAACAAUUAUAGCAAAACACACAAACAACAAACCAAGAACUCUUCAAAUUCAUACACACGGACCAAGAACAAGCUUGAACACUUACUAAGUAAUGAAAUAGAUGAAAAACUAUACAUCACAAAUGAACUAAUUAAAAUAUACAACCAACAAAACACACCACCGGCUCCACACUUCUCAGAUGAAUAUUCAAUGUCACCAUCUUCAAAAACACUACAUCAAAAACACCUGUCAACAUCAUCACACAGAUCAUCAAUAAUUCCCGAGGGCGAUAACUUAAAUGAACUUCGACACCGACUUCUCUCCUCUUCAUCUUUCUCCAACAACUCCAAGGGGCAAUCAGAAACUUUGGCCGGCGAAGAUGCAUCAAAACUAAACACUUACCAUGAAUCCAUCCAAGAAGAUAUCUUAAACGAGCUUUCCCAACUCACUUCCUCACUAAAAACAAGUGCAAUGACCCUUAGUUCCAAAAUCCUCGGCGAUGACUUGAACAUCCUAAACGAAACCAAUGAAAAUAUGGUGAGAAACUCCAAUUUGUUCAAAGUAAUUGACCGAAACCUAAAUGAUUAUUUGGAAAACAAGACUGGGAACAGAAUUAGCUUGAUGUUCUUAAUCAAAUGUGUAGUUGGUGUUGUUAUUGCGUUCAUAGUGAUGAUGUUUUUCAUAGCCAUUGUCCCUCGCAUAAGAUGA